AUGCUGCUGACGAAAGUUCUCGCCGUCGCAGCCCUCGUUGGCCUCUCCAUGGCGUACCCCUACUGCGUCAAGAGUACGUUUCUACUAUUUAUCAUUACAAGCCAUAUUUUCAGUUGUCCCUGAUAUCCUCUUCAGUCAACUGGAAGGGGAGUCGUGCGGGUUCACCAGCUGGUGCGCUACUGGCCUAGAGUGCGUUAAAGGAGUGAGUACUACUUUUACGAAAUGAUUUCAAUUUCAAGAAGGUCUUGGCUUCUUUUAAAAUUAACUUUUCUUAUUUUUCAACCUGAAAAAGUUUUUAAAAGUCAGUUUAAGGAGGAUUUAUUUAAUUGAGACUGUCUUGAUUGUAAAACUUUAUCUUCGUCUUUGAAAUUCCAGAUGCUCGAGGACAAGUCGCUCUACACGUGUGUCAUUCCGUGGAGACGUGUGAUCGGUACAUUUUUGCUUUCUAGAACUAAUAUUGCUGUUUCAUUUGCAGUCAGGCCGUCCUCCUGGUUUCCGCAAAUGGCUGGUGAACCCUGCGACUGGUGGAACCUGUGUGCCGGAGAUCUGAAAUGCACUGAGACCAAAGUCAGUUUUUUUCCUGUAUCUUCAUUUUUAGUAUAAUUUUGUUGUACAGUUCAAUGAACUCAAGAAUUUUAUAUUGCACAAAAUUUGAAUUUUCUCUGAUCAUUCUAACUGUGGAAAUUUCAGAGAUGGGGCAACAUUUGCAUCGCGCCAAGCAGAGAAAGGAAAGUCGCCUGUCCCAACGUCCGACCCAACGUCUACGAGGACUGA